UUGUCCUGUGUUAUUGUCGAGUGACAAGAUUAGUAACUGGUCCGUCUCUAGUCGUGUGUGACUGAGUAUAAAUCGGAUUAAACAGAUCUAGAGAGAUUGUUUAAAAGGUUUCUAAUUAAUCAAGGAAGUGUUCUUGGAAGUUCUGUGUGUUCCUUAUUUGUUUACUGUCCCUGAACUUUCACAAGCAACAAAAUUUAGAAAUCCAAACCCAGAAGACGAAUCUGCUGAAGCUAGUAGUGAAUCUAAGAGGCAACGAGAGAGCUCCGGUGUGAUCUUGUGUCUGAACCUGAAAACAAAACAAUGAGCGAGAGAGGAGUAGCAUGUCGUCGCAGAACUGGAGAAGACAGGAUAAGCUUCUUUCCCGACCACUUGCUGUGUCAGAUACUCUCUGAUGUUCCUACAAAGACGGCUGUAAUGACUAGUGUUUUGUCCACCAGAUGGAGAAAUAUCUGGCUUUGUAUACCUCUCUUGGAUUUGCACACUGAUGAUUUCCCUAACUUCACUGCCUUUGCAAGCUUCAUCUCUACGUUUCUAGAUUUCUCUAAAGGCUCAUCAUGCUUACACAAGCUCAAACUUGAUUUGAACUUUGGGAGACAACGACCUAUUCAAGAUAUCUCUAGUGAGUCAUCAUCAUGGGACCUUGCUUUUGCGAGAGGUUAUCUUGAUCCCUAUUACUUGAUAACAAUGUGGAUCGACAUUGCAGCUACACGUAAAGUUCAAUAUCUAGAUAUCUUCUUACAUCCUUGGAAUUUAAAGAUAAUUCCACUAAGCAUCUACACCUGCGAGACUCUUGUAUCCUUGAAACUCCAUAACGUGUCAUUGGCUGAUUCCGAGUAUGUCUCUCUACCUUGUCUCAAGACCUUGCAUUUAGUAGACAACACAUACGCUAGUGAUGCUCUUCUUGAGAAGCUUAUCUCAUCUUGCCCGGUUCUUGAAGAUUUAACAUUUGUUAGAAAAGGAAAUACAGAGUACGACUUUGAUAUUUUACGAGUGCGUUCUCAGUCAUUAAAGAGUCUCGUAGUUCUUCUUAAUGGUAAGGAGUGGUGGUACAAAGCUUGUAGGGUUGCUGUGAUUGAUGCUCCUGGACUCAGCUAUUUGAGUCUUCAAGAUAACCAGUUAGCAUGUUAUGUAAUAAGCAAUUUGAGUUCACCUGACAAGGUAAACAUUGAUGUCAGUUUUGAAGUGGACAGUGAUCUAGCUACUCUAAUUGGCUCCUCAAAGAAAAGUGUAGUGAGAAGUUUCUUCACCAUGCUCUCGAACGUAAGGGACAUGACCAUAAGUCAAACAACUUUAGAGGGCAUAUGGCUCUACUUGAAACAUGAACUGCCUCUGUUUCCUUACUUGAUCAGAUUACAGGCGGUCUUGUAUAACUCUGAUUUGGGAAAUUUUCCAAACCUUCUUGAGAGCUGUCCAAAUCUCAAAUCCAUUGUCUUGGAGUUGAAUAAUUUUAGGAAGGAGGGACUACUUAUUUUCUCAUCAUCAGUUCCGGAAUGUUUAAGAUCAUCCCUGGAGUAUGUUGAGAUAAGAACACCGAUAGGAGGAGUAGUAAGUGAAAUCGAACUUGUGAAGUACUUCCUCGAGAACUCUGCGGUGCUCAAGAAGCUUAAGAUGUGUUUGCGUCGUGGGAGAAUGAACGAAGAGUCAAAUAUCUUGAUGGAACUCUUGAGAUUGAGGAGAUGCUCUCCUUCUUGUGAAGUUGUUGUUGACCUUGAAGAGUUAGGAGAAGAGGCUUGUCAAAGUAUGAAAAGAUACUACAACUUUUUUUAAUACACGCAGUUUCAAUUUUAAGAA